AUGUGUAGCGCGGCGGCUCGUGUUUAUCGUCCUGUUCUUCGAAAUUCUACCAACGAUGAAGGAGCUUCACCGUACUUCUCUUUGAAGCCAUCUACGUCGUUGGUUGAGGAGGAUAAAGAUAUUUGCAUUCCAGCCUUGUACAAAGACAUAAAACAGGAAACAACACUCGGCGUGAUUAUCGGAACUAAAUGCAAAUCGGUGGAAGUCAAGAGAGCCAUGAAUUACGUGAUGGGAUAUUGCGUUGCCCAAGAUUUGACGGCUGUCGAUCAAUUGAUAGAAGCUAGAGAAAAAUGCCAACCCUGGACGUUGGCUAAAUGCUUUGAUACUUCGUGCCCCGUGACAAGGUUUAUUCCGUACGACGCGUUGAAGGAUCCUCAAAAUGCUAUGCUGUGGUGUAUCGUUAAUGGUGGACCGAGACAGCACGCUAAUACAAAAGAGAUGAUUCGCACUAUUCCGGAAUUGAUAUCGUUUAUUAGCAAGUUUAUGACUCUGGAAAAAUAUGAUUUAAUUUUAACUGGAAGCCCUCCUUACUCGGGUCUCAUUUACCCUGGGGACGUCAUAGAGUUUGGCAUAGAUGACAUUACGUCUGCUGUUUUCUCCGUGGACACCGAAUAG